AGCUUUCGGCAAAGAGCCUAAACAAAAACAAGUUCAAAAUAGUCAAACAACAAUUUUAGUAACACAACAAAAUUAUUGUCGAAACACUUACCAAAUAGUUAACAAUUAAUACUGGCCAUUGGUUUUUGUUAAAUGUUUAAAGCAAGCAGCAUUUAAAAGCUGGCAGCUCCACAAAACGCAACGGAAAAAUCGAAGUGUUUUAAAUGUCAAGGACAUCAAAAGGCAUAACAAAGCAAACAACAAAAACAAAAAUAACAGGAAGAGCAAAAAGCAGCGCAAUAGCCAAGCAAAACCGAUUAACGAGACUAGCUCCAUCCAGGUGGAAUGUAAAACUAAAGCCUAAUCAACCACAGACAUGUCCAAUAAUCCUGUAUAUGUAACGCCCGCGCAAAAGCCGCCAAAUGCGAACAACUGCAGCAGCAGUAGUGGCAACGGCAGCGGCAGCAAUGCAAACGGCGAAUCGAAAGUGGCGUCAGGCACUGCUGUUGCCCACACGUCACUGGAUGUAGGCGGGACGACAGCAAUGCCUCAGGCGACUGGUCAGAACUGGACAGACGAGAUGGAUAGCCCGCUGUGGCUAUCCUCGUUGCAUAGUGUUAUAUUCAUUAUAACGUGCGCCUUGGCCGUUUUUAUACUCUUUCGAAAUGUCCUGACAUGGCAUUUGCAGAGCUUCUGGGGCGCCUCCGGAGACUUUUGGCAAUCGCAGUGGGACAAGUUCAUCGACAUGUUCGGCGAUGAUCCGAUGAUGCUGUGGGUCUUUGGCACAACCUUAUUCACGAUGAUUGUGUACUGGAGCGUGGGUGGCAUUUAUACAUUCAUGGAUAUGACCAAUCGACCGGCCUGCCUGCGCAAAUAUAAAAUCCAGCCGGGCACCAAUGAGCCCGUCGAAGCCGGACGUCUGUUGAAGGUCAUUUGGCGUGUGAUUUGUAAUCAAAUCUUUGUUGGCAUCCCGCUGGCGUUUCUCAGCUACAAACUGAUGACGGUGCGGGGCCUGAGCGAUAUACGGGAGCUGCCCACAUUUCACUGGGUCUGUUUCGAGCUAACCGUAUGCAUAUUGAUGGAGGAGCUGGGCUUCUACUACUCGCACCGUCUGCUCCACCACAAGCACAUCUACAAGUUCAUACACAAGCAGCAUCAUGAGUGGACCGCACCCAUAUCGGUCACGGCCAUCUAUUGCCAUCCGAUUGAGCACAUAUUCAGCAAUUUGUUGCCGCCGUUUCUGGGCGUAUUCCUGAUGGGUAGUCACGUGGCCACGGCUUGGCUGUGGUUUGCACUGGCCAUACUCUCCACGCUGAAUGCCCACUCCGGCUAUCACUUGCCCUUCUUUCCCAGCCCCGAAGCGCACGACUUUCAUCAUUUGAAAUUUAAUAAUUGUUUCGGUGUUCUGGGCGUCUUGGAUCGUCUGCAUGGCACCGAUUCGCUGUUCCGCGCUACCAAAUCCUAUGCGCGUCACAUUAUGAUGCUGAGCUUUGUGCCGCCGCGCGAUGCCUUUCCCGACUCGACCAUGAAGUGAAGUCUAGCAGCUCUCCUCGUCUAGCAGUCGCUCCUCUGUACCCUAGCUGCUCCUAUCCAACAGGCACAUGGAGAUGUAUUUGUUUGUUUUGUUUUGUUUUUUGUUUGUUUCUUUUUUUGUAAUUUCUAAUUUCUAAAUGUGCACACAUUGUGAUAAUAGCCAAGCUGGAAAAACAGAUCGGGACAUUUAACAAUUAUUCAGAACCGACGAACGUGCUGUAAAUGUGUAUACCAGAAGCAAAAACAAAAACAAAAACCAAACACCAAAAAAAAAAAAA